AUGGGACCACAAGACAUUGAACUCGAGGUUAAUGAGGAUGCCUAUCAGAAUGGUUUAAUAGGGAAGAAUGUGUGUGGGUCUAUUUGUUACAUGUGUUUGUGUAUUGUUUUGUUAUUAGUAUGUUCUCUCUCAUUCCAGGCCUAUCAGAAUGGAUUGAUAGGGAAGAAUGCGUGUGGGUCUGGUUACGACUUUGACGUGUUUGUACACCGGGGAGCUGGUGCCUACAUCUGUGGUGAAGAAACGUCAUUGAUAGAAUCUCUGGAAGGUAAACAGGGAAAGCCGAGACUGAAGCCCCCGUUCCCGGCCGACAUCGGAGUGUUUGGCUGUCCCACAACUGUCGCUAAUGUCGAAACGGUUGCUGUGUCUCCA